UGUGAAAUGGGGAUAUGAUCGAAGAACACGACAGUUAAUAAUGAAAAAUUUGAAGAAAGAAAAAAUGAAAAGAAAGAGGAAAGGGUCAAGAGAGCAUAUAUUCCCUUCUCCAACAGAGCCCCACUCAUGUUUCCAGAUAUGGAGUGAGAGAAGAAAGAAAAAGAAUAACAUCAACCACUCCAAGCUUUGUAUAUAAAUCCUCCAUAUCUUUGCCAACAAACCCAACAAUCUUUGAAAACAAAUAACUCUUUAGUUUUUUUUUAUUUAUAUCUCUUGCGUGGUUGUUCUUAAUUGUAUACUCUAGAGAGAGAUUUAUAUGUGUUUAUAUAUCAAUGGAGAGCAACACUAAUAAUGAUAAUAAUCUCAAGACAAAGGUGAGUCUUGUGUUGUCAACAGAUACUAAGCCCAGACUCAAAUGGACUUGUGAGCUUCAUCACAGAUUCAUCGAAGCCGUUAAUCAACUCGGUGGACCUAACAAAGCAACACCUAAGGGUUUGAUGAAGGCUAUGGAGAUCCCUGGGCUUACCUUGUAUCACCUCAAGAGCCAUUUACAGAAAUAUCGGCUAGGGAAGAGCCUAAAAUUCGAUGAUAACAAGCUAGAAGUUUCCUCAGCUUCAGAAACCCAAGAAGCUGAGAGUAAAAACGAUUCUAGAGAUUUUAGAGGCGAUGCCAACGAAGAAAACAACGAUUCAGCUAACGAAGGCUUGAAAAUCACGGAGGCUCUACAACUGCAAAUGGAAGUUCAGAAGAAACUUCAUGAACAAAUCGAGGUUCAGAGGCAUUUGCAAGUAAAGAUUGAGGCACAAGGAAAGUAUUUACAGUCAGUUUUGAUGAAAGCUCAACAAACUCUCGCUGGCUACACAUCUUCCACUCUUGGCAUGGAAUUUGCUAGAAGCGAGCUCUCUAGAUUAGCUUCAAUGGUGAAUCCGAGUUCUUCCUUCUCAGAGCUAACGCAAAUGGAAGAUUACGAAGAAGAAGGAUUCUUGUGGUGCAAGAAACCAGAAAACAGAGGAGUUGGACAGCCAAGACGUUCAGUUGAGAGCUCGUUGACAUCUUCAGAGAGCUCAGAGACAAAACUGAAUAAUAAUAACGACGAGAGGAAAUCGAUGGAGCUUCCAUUGAUGGAGAUCAAAUCAGAAGUGAUGAUGGAGAAGCAAAAGAAGAGAAGCUUAAACGACGUCCUUUGUGUGGAACAUCAGCCUCUUAAGAAAAGAGAUUUUGGAGUUGACGAUGAUGAUGAGCAGCACUUGAGGUUGAGUUUGAAUAGUUACAAGAAAAACAUGGGGACAUGUCCGAACAUAGGACUAUGGUUCGAGUGAGAAAAAAAAUCAGUUUAUUAAGAUAUAUAAAUAUUUUAAUAAAAUCCAAUAUACAAA